AUGGGUCUUCUAUCGGUACCAGUUGCAGGAGAAAAAGCAGUUGUUUCUCCGCAAGCGGGUACUUAUGGGUAUCCCGAUCUCGUCGUACGCAUCGCACCGGAUUCCCUUCCUACCACGCCAAGAAAAGCGUGCAUAGGUGAUUUGCCGGUGCGUUACGAACUUCGAAGAAGGAUUUGGAACCAUGGGUCGCUCGCCUACCUUGUCGUAGGUGUCGCGCCGGUUGCCCCUCCUACCACGCUAAGAAAAGCGUGUAUAGGCAGACCACCGACUCGACACACAUGCCGAGGUAAGAGAGCAAACAAGGGUUCCAUAAGUUAUACCUUCGGCCGCCGGCGGACUAGUGGACCGGCGGUGGAUGUCGGCUCGGAUGUCGAGGAAGGCCCGGGGACCGAGGCGGGACCGAGGAUGUCUAUAAAUGAAGUCGAAGAUAGUACCACAAAGAAUCAGAAGCAAUGCAACUGUCGCAACUCAAAAUGCUUGAAGCUGUACUGUGAGUGCUUUGCUUCUGGAGUUUACUGCAAUGGCUGCAGUUGUACAAAUUGCAGUAACAAUGUUGAGAAUGACACUGUAAGGAGAGAUGCUAUUGAAGUCAUCUUAGAACGCAAUCCAAAUGCUUUUAGGCCAAAGAUUGCUAGCAGUCCACAUGCAGUUGGGGACAUAAAGGAUGAGGUCGUUGAGUUACCUUAUAUGGUAAAGCAUAACAAAGGAUGCCAUUGCAAGAAAUCAGGGUGCCUUAAGAAAUACUGUGAGUGCUUUCAAGCCAAAAUUCUCUGCUCUGAAAAUUGCAAAUGUGUAGAUUGCAAGAACUUCAAAGAGAACCAGGCCACAAUAACUCAUGUCGAUGGCCACCAUGGAAAUGCCCAUGCCUACAUUCCGCAGACAGCAAACGCUGCUCUAAAUGGUGCCAUUAGGUCCUCUGGGUGCGGCUUCCCAGCAUCAAAAAAGAGAAAGCACCCGGAGUUUCCAUUUUCAACUUCAGUAAAUGGUCAAUCUGCUCACAGCUUUGUGCAUCCGCUGGUUAACAGUGUGAAGGCUUCUGGAACUGCCCGUCCUGCUGCUGGAUCAAAAGUGCAAUCUACUGGUAGUGCUAUACAAGUUUCUAAACUGACUUACAGGUCUCUUCUCGCUGGCAUUAUCCAACCAGAGUAUAUAAGAAAUCUUUGUAGUGCUUUGGUGGUACAAUCAGGACAGGCCAAAACAUUUGAUGAUAGAAGAUUACAAGAGGAAAAAGCAGCAGGGAGGGAGGAUCAAAAUAAAGAUAGACAUGCUUUAGUUGGAGAAAACAAUGAUGAUAGGCAGAAUAUGCAAGAUGGAUCUAAUAUAUCAGCUGAGGCCUGCUCAAAUGGAAUAGAUGUAGACAAGAUUAUAGAGAAUUCUGGAUCAAACAUCUGUUGCAUUCAGAAAGAAGGAAGGCCUAUGUCCCCUGGGACAUUAGCUCUAAUGUGCGAUGAGCCAGACUUGAACUUUAUCUCUUCACAAAACAGUAGAAAAAGACCCAGGACUACUUGCGAAGAGAACUUCACUGAGAUUUAUGUUAAACAAGAAAGGAUUGCUUUAAUGAAACUUCGUGACUCUCUCUAUGAACUUGCUAACUGUGCGAGAAUGAAAGAAGAGAAUAUUUUGAUGGCCAUGAGAUGUAAAAAUUCAAUCAAUCAGAUACCAGCACUUAACAAAGCAAAAUCCUCUGAAGAACCAGACAAUGACAGAGCCAAAUCUAUCAACCUAGAGUCUGUAGCUGAUAAAUCAAAUCUCAAUAAAAAAGAAUUGAUCAUAGAGAAAAGAAAACCUAUCAGCCAGAAGUUGGCAUCAAUAAAGAAAUUUUGCUCUGAUGACAUCUGCCGUGAACAGUUGUGGGUCAAUUCAGAAAGAGAUCCAAGUCAACUAGAACUCGCCAAAUCAGGAGCCAGUUUUUGACAAAGUGAUACUAGGCAGAUAGCGGUUACUUGAGGAGAAGAAAGAAGGUGAUGCUCGAUCACCUAAAAGGAGUUAGUAAAAAAUGGUGCUUCUGGUUCUCAAAACUAUGACUUGGACAACAUGAGUUCUUGCCAGCAUUGAAGAAAUCUAAGUCAACUAGAACUCGCCAAAUCAGGAGCUAGUUUUUGACAAAGUGAGACCACACAGACGGAAAAUUAUUAAGUGCGGACACCGGACGUAGAGAUACGUCAGGACAUCUACUUAAAAUUUGACACCUGGAGUGCACUUUGGUUGCGCUUUUUUGUGCAUUUUACCUACGCUUUGACUGCUCUUUUAUUGCGUUUUUUUAGUGCAUUUGACUGCACUUUACUUGCACUUUACCUGCGCUUGACUUAAAGAUCUGCGGACACAUUAAAUAUAUAAAGUAAAAAAUAAAUUCAAUUGAAUAUCCACGUGUCCACUUAAUGUGUCAACAUUUUAUUGGAGUCAAAACGUAUCUCUACGUCCGGUGUCCGCACCUAAUAAUUUUUCCAGGCAGACAACAGUUACUUGAGGGGAAAGAAUGGCCGUGUGCUUAUAAGCCAGAAUUUGAUGAGACAAACUGGAACAUUUAUUGAAGGUGAUGCUUGAUCAGCUAAAAGGAGUUUGCAAAAAAUGGGGCUUCUGGUUCUCAGAAGUUAGAACUAAGACUUGGACAACAUGAGUUCUUUGCAAGCAUUGAAGAAAUGAAAAACUAGCCAAGCAGGAUCAGUUGGCUGGAACCAACUUCUGAUAAAGUGAUUUCUCAUCAGCAGAAUGUUGCUCGAACUCAGUCGUGCAAAUUUGAAUCCGAGCAGGGAAGCAAAGACUUAUCUACAGGAAAAUUUACAAUUAUGGAACUCACUGUUAGACAAGAUAGCUUCUUUGUUAAAGCAAAGCUGUCUUCGAAUCACUAUUUACCUCAUAAAAGGAUAUGCAGAUAAUCGCUCAAUGAAACCACAGCACUGUCACUGACUUCAGGUGUUAGGCUGGCCCAGGAGGGGACAGCUGAACCGGUUCUAUGCUACAGCAGGCGGCCCAAAUCAGGUGGGGGGCGGAUGCUCUAGUGGGCCCAAUUGCUUAAUUUAAUCACUGUUUAGGAUGGAAACUUUGUAUUAAAGGCUGUUUAGUCAUUAGUCUUGUUUGUUAGGGUUUGCUUUUCGUCUUGAAUUUGGAAGAGAUUUGAUAUCUAGGGUUUGUUCUUUUUGGACUCUAGGCUUUGUUAGAGAUUUUGAGAGUUAUUUUUUCCUCUGGAAUCGAAGAAACUUAUAUCUUGUAUUACUUUUCUUUUUCGUGGAUUGAAUAUAAGAAGUUUUCAUCGCGUUUUCUCUCCAA